AUGGCUCCACCCACAGCCGACUACCCCGACCCGGUGCCGCCGAGGAAACGGCGCCGCACUGCCCUGGCCUGUGAGGAGUGUCGCGACAGGAAGCGCAAGUGUGAUGGGGUCAAACCGAUAUGCGGAGCAUGCAAAGGCCGUUCAACGGCACAGUGCAUAUGGAAACAGGAGAGAAACAGCAAAGGCUGGUGGAGCAACAGUUAUGUUCAGGAGCUCAAGAACCGCAUCAGGGAACUGGAGGAUACGCAGAGCAUGGUGAAUAUCACAGAUGACCUUGCUAACUCUGCCAUCCCUCCAGCUGAUCGAGAAUUCGGCACCCCUAUCCCCUUGGACCCCCGCCUAGAAGGCCCUCCUGCUUCUCAGGACGUGGGCGGCCAUCAUGAGGACGCCCUCAUUGAUCAGGACACUCCUGUGCGCAGUGAUAGCGUCUCCCACGGAACGAAUACACUAGAUGUACGCCAAUCAGAAAUCACGUCGCCAAUGGCAUCCGCGGAAACAGCCCCUAUCGAAAAUGCUUCAGACCAAGCCUCUGCGCUGUGGGCUAGCAUGGACUUUGGCUCAGCCUCCGGGUUUAUUCCUCCUACCAGAGAUUCUCUCAAAGAAAACGGCAGGCUGGAUAUUAUAACCGACCUGGAAGCGGGACAACCCGCAAUGGAUGCCAUGGGAGUUGUUAUAUCUCCACACGGUACGGCUACUCGAUCAACAAGACGGCCCGCGGAUUACUUUGGCCCCUCAAGCACGAUCAGCCUCCUCAGUGAGGUGCGAAGUGCCAUGGGGCGACGAAAGUGCGGACAUGGACCCUCUCUUCCUGGCAACCCGGAUCACUGCUCGGCGUGUGAGCACAACGCCCUCUUGGUUACAAGCGAACCAUCACCGCCCUCAUCGACGUGGCUCAAUCGGGGCUACGAGAGCGUUAACCCUAUCUUUGGAAUGAGUUUACCACCCAGGCCGGCAGCAGAUCGUCUUGUCGACCUGUUCUGGACAAACAUGCACUCUCUAUACCCAUUCCUACAUUGGCCGUCCUUCCACGACCGCUAUCUCACACUCUGGAGUCCUCAGGCAAACUUGCAAGCCCACGGAGCCACAGAUUCUCUGAAUGGACCGGUGAAUGGAUACUACGGUGCCAUUGACGAUGCUUUAUUUCAUUGUAUGCUCAAUGUCGUCCUCGCUCUUGGUGUCCUUCACGACACCAAGAUCAGGCAGCAGGAACGUCAUGACAUCAGCGAGACUUUCUUCAAGCGCGCAAAAGCUCUCCUCGACCUCGACUCGUUAGAAAGUGGAAGUGUAGCCCUAGUGCAAGUACUUCUUCUCAUGGGCCAAUACCUUCAGACCAGAGAUAUAACAAGCUCGUGUUGGAAUAUCGUCGGCAUGGCUAUUCGUGUCGCUCAAGGUAUGGGGCUGCACCGCGAGCCUGAAGAAUGGGAUCAAGGCGGCUCUGGAAACUAUCGAGCGCCUGAUCAACUUGAGGAGGAAAUGCGCAGGCGCGCUUGGGCUGGGUGUGCUUUGCUCGACCGAAUUCUCUCCCUGACUUACGGACGGCCCCCUAUGAUACACGGCAGCAUCGCGCAGGGCACAAUCGUCCUUCCAUCGGCAAUAGAUGACGAGUUACUAAGUCGUUCCCCCGAUGCUCCAGGAUGCCAGCCAAGCGACACGCCAAGCCUUGUGGAAUGUUACGUUCACGCACUUAAACUACAGGACAUCCUGGGUCAAGUUCUCACUUCCUUCUACCACCAAGGCUCGGAUAACGAACCUGCUAAAUCACGAAGGAACUGGAUCAGUGACGCCGGACUUCAAAAGCUGCUUGAUGUAGAUCGCCAGCUCGAUACAUGGAACAAGGAUCUGCCGACGCACCUGCAAGUGCACCACUACUCGGAGGAAAACCUUUUUCUGGGCAGCCCACGCUCCACAAGGUCAAUCAUCUUUUGCCGGCAAGCCACGGUGCUCAAAGCGAGGUCUCUGUAUGUGCGUAUGAGUUUGCUUAGACCUUCAUUAUCGGAACUGUGCAACUCGGCGAGCAAUAAUAGCCUGCCGUCAGGUCAGCCUGAUUCACUAAAUACCAGUGUGCGCGAAAUCAUGCUGAUGAAAUCCGGAAAUCUGUGUGUGUCUGUUGCACAAGACCUUGUUUCUCUGAUAACGGAAAACUCCCACUCCCGAGCCCAUUUCCUACCACCGCCGUGGUAUAACGUACUAUAUAUACACGGCUGUGCCCUCGUUCUUCUUUUAGGCUCUCUGUGUCUACACAAGUUCAGCGACGUUGAGCAACACAGUCUGAUGGCUGACUGGGACCGCUGUCUGGCCUUCCUUCGUGAGUAUCAAUCACAAAGUCGGUCUGCACCGCGCUGCAUUAGACUUUUGGAACUCCUGGAACAAGAGGCCUCGAGCUACAGUAAUGGAAGUAUAAGCAUGAAUGAAUCCCCUCUAUUACAAUCAGGAGGAUACCACCCUGGGGUCACCCUUGAUGCGAGAUACAUGGCACUUGAUCUGAUUGCAGGACAUAAGGAGUUCCCCACGAACCUCGAGCUUGACCACCGAGAGCUCAACGAGCCGGAUAGCAAUUUGACAAACAACUCAGUAGGGAUGAACUGGCUUUCACUAGCUCCGUUCUUCGAGGGGGCAGCAGACAUUCCCCCUUAA